AUGAAUGUCGGCUGGUCUCUCAUGUUCGAGUUACUGAUACCUUUUUCGUGUUUUUUCUGCUCAAUACUCGCAGCUAAUUCAUGUGUCAAAAGAAGGGAAGAGAAGAGCUUGAGGUCUAUGCCUGUUCCGAGAGGUGAAACCCAAGUAUCAUUCUCAGCAGCGUCAUCCUCGUCGUCUUCUGACGCUCAUAUAAAUAAAAACACAAAUAAGGUUGUGGAUGGCAGUGAACCGAAAAAAAUCGAGAAAUCGGAGAAAGUAGCAGAAAUGUCACAGGAAAAGGCAACCAAGAAAAGCAGUGAAGAGAAGUUUGAUGUCAAAGUGAAUCACGAGAAGAAAGCAUGCAGUCUAGAGAGACCGCAAAUCACUAGAACUGAUGCGACCCAAGACGAUAUUAUGAAGGACGAAGACGUCAAGAAGAGGAAUAAAAGCCUUCAGAAGCCUGUGAUUCUAGAACGCACUAAGAGCGCGUCCUUUAAACAAUUUCCGCUCGAGUCUGAAAAAACUCACGACAGUGCUCGGAAUAGACUAGCACUUUUAAAUGCGGCAGAACAAAUGGCAAUGGAUAAAGGCGACUAUGACGAUUUUGGGCCACCUGUGCGUUCGACCAAGAGGACUUGA